AGCAAGUAUGAAACUAAAUGCACCUUACACAUUUAACACCUUUUCGAUGAAUGUUAUGAUGUCGUACUGUAGUAUCUUGAUUCUUUGAGGUGUAGAAUGAAACAACGAUUUGAAAGGAAGGGAAUUAAAAUACCCGUAUUUGCCAAGAACGGAGCGCUUUUAUUUCUUGGUUUUUGUGCGUGGCACUAUCUUGGAGUGACAUAUUACAACGCAGUGAGUGCUAAGGGUCAGGCUGAACUACGGCGAGAGGGUGUCCCUGAGAGCGAAAUUGACAAACUGAGUGGAUACAGAAAAGUUAUGUACUCUAAUUCAAGUGGUGGAGAGGUGAAGAAAAUUCACUUUAGGACAGUGUUUGGAGGUGAAGUAAUGGACAAAACACAACAAAAUAAGGGUGAGGAAUUGUAGCUCAUCAUGUUCUUCUUUGAAAUAUACACAAUGGAUGUCUGCUUAUUCUGAGAUACAGACUCUUAUAGAUGAUAAAAUUAUUUAUUUUGCAUGAUAAUUCAUAAACUGGUGUGUGUUUUAUGUACAUGUAUAAUUUAAUGUUUGAGUGUUUUAAUUGUAUAUAUGCAAAUACUGGAAGAUGUUUCCAGAUAAAAUUCCAUGUAAAAUGAAAUAAAUGGUAACUUCACUUAAAA